AUGUUCGCCGUCUUGAUCCCGACAGCUCUCGCUAUCUUGCCCCUAGCCCGGGCCGAGUGGGAGUGGACGGCUGGACAGACGGCUUGGGUCGUCGUCGUCUCCGUCAUUGGCUCCUUCAUCAUCCUCAGCAUCAUCGGCACGUGCAUCCGCAGCGCAUACCUCGCCAACAAGAUGGCAGAGCAGUUCCAGCAGUAUCGCCCACCGCCUCCCCUGCAGCAGAACGUCUAUUCACGAAGAGAAAGAAAAGAGGAGAGGGACAAUGGCGAACCAAAGGCUGACGGGAUCCCCAGACUGAUCCGUACAAUCCGAACACAACGUUCGCAUACACUGCCCAGCCGACCACCGCCUACCCUCCACCCCCGUCGCCAGCUGCCGGGGUACCAGGCAAGACCGGACCGCCAAUCUACUCUCCAGUCUAGCUUUGUUCACCGCCGGGUUUGUGUUGAGCGUCCUAUAGUGCUCGUCGCCUUGUACAGUAUUGUCCAUGCAUCGCUCUCCAAUGCCGACGUCUGCCUCGUUGCCACCGACUUCAGUCUUAAGAUACAGGGAACAGGCUUGUUUUCAAGUUUUCCGAGCCAACGGCCUCUCAGCAUGGUAGCUAUUCUCAACUCUUCAGCUCCAGCCCCGCCUGACAUUGCGGAGGGCAUACAGACCCUCGGCUUCCUUGCUCAUGGGGCUCUUUUCGUCCUCGAGGUGAUCGUGAAUCUGACGCCAUUGGCACUCCUGGCUGCCCUAGUCGUGUGCAUCAUCGGAGUCAGUCCGCCGUCUACUGGUCCCACUUCCUCAACGGUGGCGCAGGAGGCGGCAAAGGAUGGCGGAGCAAAGGAUGGCCAAACAUCAACACUCCCAGAGAAGUCUUCCCAGACCGCUACCACCUUACUCAAGCGACGGCUGGUCUUCUGA